ACUAACUUCACCAUAUCGACGGUGUUUGCAAUGGUAAUAGGUUAUGUUCUACAUCCAUGAGCUCAACAGUAGUAUAGUCUAAUAGUGUUUCCCAGUGUUCGGCAUAUUUAUAUAACUAUAAAAGGACCUGGUACAUGAUUUAUCCUAUUAUCUCUCUGGCGCAUUGAUUGUAGAGGAGUUGUGUAGGUCAUAGGAUGCCAGACAUUACAAUUAGAGGUUGCUGUUAUUGCAGUUUAACAGACAAGGAUUUCCAAGAAACACAGCUGAGGACGUAGUGUACUUUUGACUUGACAAAGAACGGAAGAUUAUGGAUGAAGGCAAAGCUGCCAACGAGUCUAUUCCAGAUUUAAAAGAUUUGGAGGUGAAAAUCGGACGGAAGACACCGGAGGGUUUGCUCAAGUGGAUGCGGGAAGAGGCGUCCACGCAACGCGCAGAUGCCAAGUUGAACUCGCUGGAGACCAAAGACCGAGACAUAACGGAGAGGAAGAGCCUGGAUGAGAAGAUUCGAAAAUUAAAAGUCGAUAUGGCCCACCUGCGCUCGGUGGACGUGAAGAUCCUGCAGCAGCUGCUGGCGGUGCACGAGGGGAUCGAGGCAUGUAAGUGGCUCCUGGAGGAGCGCGGCACCCUGGCCAGCCGCUGCAGCAGCCUGACCAGCAGCCAGUACAGCCUGGGAGAGGGCCCUGGAGGAGACACCUGGAGGGGCAGCUGGAGCAGUCUGCAUGACCCCCUCAACGACAAGCUGGAUAACAUCUCUAUAGGUAGCUACCUGGACACCCUGGCUGACGACAUGGACGAGUACGGCCCCUCUAGUUCUGAGUCUGCGCUGUGUUCAACUCCACUGGGGACUGAGAUGCCCACUCGGACCAGGGGAGGGACUGGUGCUGGGGUAGGGGCUGGGAGAGGUGCUGAAGCAGGGGCAGUGUCUGAGGCAGGGGUUGGGGCUGGGACAGGGAGAGGGGCAGGAGCUGGGUCAGGACCAGGCACAGGGGGCAAGGUAGUUGUUGGGCCUAGCUCUCCCCAAGUCAAGCCAGAGAUCCCCAAAGAGGAGUCUCCCAUUUGGACUAAGGCCAAAAAGGCAGUGAAAGGAACCACCAUCACCAAGGACACCAAGGACUCCAGCCAAAUGCAGCAGCCCAGUAAGAGCAAUGGCGUCCUGGAGAAGGCAGUCAGGCAAGCAGGAGGACCUGCUGACUCGGCCCGGGCCUGCCUGGCUGAGAAGCUGGCGAAAAACCAGAGCCCCAAACUCAAACCCUAUAAGAACGGCAAGAUAGACCUGGAUGGCUGCAAGAUGAAUGGCACGAAGCACCUGGAGUAUGACGCCCAUUGGCGAUGGGUGCAGUCGCAGGAUGAUGUUACAUUUCUGUGAGGUGGAUGUAUUACGCCACUAAAGACACUUAGCCGCUCCCAUGUGAUGACCAAACAGGUCAAAGGUUAAGAGAGAGGGGGCCUUGGGCUGGUGUUGUGGUUGAUUGCACGUAUUAUGCAAACUUCUACCAUUGCCAUUGUGCAAGACAUCAGGUGUGGAUGAGUAGGAGAACACAACAUCAUUACAUUAUGUUCUAUUCACUCUAAAUGUGACUGCACUAACUUUCUAAAACAUUGUCAGUAUUAUAUUGGGGAUAAAGUAGAUAUUUUUCUGAAACAAGUUUAUUUUUGACAUGUUUAUCCUCUUACAGAAAAUUAACAAUUUCCAAAAAGAAAAUAAAUAUAUUUGUUACAAUCACUCACAUCUAUAGAACCUAGUUCAUGACCAAAGUUUGCCCUCACUGAUCAAUCCCAUGUCAAAAUGAUUGUAAAACACCCUAUCCACAAAUAAUAGAUACCUGAAUCCUUCUCAUACAUACUGUGCCAUAGUAUGCAAAGAGCAUCUAGAAUGUUCCCACUGUUUGCACAGGAGUGCUUUUGUGGAUGUCCUAAAACUACCUAAAGUACUUAACCAGUCAAUGCAAUAUGUACAAUCGGUGAAUCGCAAUGCAAUUAAUCUGUGCACCAGGUUCUUAUGUGGGUGGCUGUGUUAGAAAAAUGUCUCAAUAUGAGUAUUAAUAUUGUUAUUUUGUGGAUUACACAGUAUUUUUCAUUUGGAAAGCAGAUGUUGUCAUUGGUGUAAUCCUAAACAGUUAUGCCUGUAUCUCCCAUUCCAAGAUGACUGCACUGUUUUUCUGAUAAUCCUGAUUGUUUAAAUGACUGAUUUGCCCUCUUUCAGUACUCUGCUGUCUGUGUCUUAAGGAGUCCAACUGUCUCUGUUCUUUUACUCGCUGUUGAGUGGUGUGAAGUUAUUACAGUAAUUUGGGUGGGUGAAAAUUGCAUGUCAUGUGCUGACUGGUUUAUUGGUAAAAAUCACCAUGAAAAAUGUGUGAAAAGCUUAAUACAAUCAUCAGAGAAGAAAAGCAAUAUUCCCUCUAAGCCUUUGUAUUCGGUUAUAAACAACCCACUCUCACACAGAACCAUCACCGCUGAAAGCGAAUAAUGACUCAACACUCCAAAGCAGGGGUUGCCAGGACGACUGAGAGAGCGGGUGAGUGCGAGAGAGUGCACGUGUGUAUGUACAUGUCUGCGUGUGUCCAUGUGAGUGCACGUGUAUGCAUUAAUGUGUGUGUGUGUGUGCACAUAUGUGUGUUUGCAUCUGGCUUGCUGUGCACAGCUUCUCUGUUAGAUUUAGAUGAGAACGGAGGGGCUGUUCUUUAGUAGGCUCUCCCCAUCUUUUUCAUCAUGGGAAAACAACACAUUUCACUGCACCCAUCGGGUGUAUGUGACAAUAACACAUGUACACAUUUUUAUAAUAAUUGUCUCACCCCACAACCCGCACCCAUCCCAUUCUACCCUGUCGCCAUUAGUCAUAUUUAUGCUGGGAGAACAAUGUACUGCAUUUGAUAGAUAAUGGAUACCAGAUGACAUCAUAUAAGGCAUGUGUAUUGCAUAAAGCAUUGUGAAUGUUAUCAGAUGUAUUAUGCACAUCAUUCAACUACAUUAGUGUAGCAAAUGAAAUUAUGAAGGGACUGUUUUCAAUUGAAUUAAGUUAGGAUUUCCCUUAUUGAUGUUUUGGAUUCUGGAUACUCAUGCCUUUACGACCGUGUUAGCUGUCUGAGUUAUAAUGUUCUAGGGUGUCUGUCUCUGUGUGAUGUCUUUGCUUGUAUGGCUCCAGUUCUGUACCACUCAGCACUCCUAUCAGAGCAGCGUUUUAAUGUGUUUCAGAUGAGUUCUCACUUACGAGACUCAGUGACGUGCAGGCAGGGUAGGCAGUGCUUACCCUGUGAUAAUCUAAUAAAAAAAGCUGUUAUGGAAAGCCAAAAUAAAUAAAUAAUUAUAUACCCUCAAAAUCGGAAAAAGUCCUAAAACUGCAUCAAAACCUCAGGAAAGGCGGCAGGGUAUUCAUGCCUUUCUUUCCAUCCAAGCCAUUAAAAUCCUUGACGUGCGCUGCCUUUCCUGAUUCCAUCCAGUCACUGUUAAUGGACAGGUUCAGCGUUUGCCUAGUUUGAAGUAGCUUCAUUCGAGACAGAUCUCAUAUGUUGUGCAUGCGUAUUGCCUAAACAUGUUGUGUGGGUAUUGCCCUGGGGUAAGCUGUGCACAUUUGGGCAUGUCUAUGUAACGAGUGUUACAUUUCAUGUUGUAUAAUUACAAAAUGUGAAAAGUUCCCAUGCCUGAUUUUAGUGUACAUUCCAUUUGUUGUUGUAAGGGCCUUUUUAAUGUCGCACACUUCCUUCUCCUUCUGUAUUUCCCCUCAUAAACAUCCCCUGCCCCCCUUAGCUCUUCCCUGUCUACGGUAUCCAUGUGGAAGUGGUAGGUUACUGAAAAAUUGUCCCAUGAAAAUCAUAAUCAAUCCAAUAUGUUAAAACACUUAUGAGUUUAUAUGUUCACUGACAGUGUAUUAUAAUGGUCUCCCACCAAUAUAUUGUGUUAUGUAUGUAUUCAGUAAUUUAUCAACUUUUUUUUGUGAAUGCUGUACAUGUUAGCUAGUUACUGUCCUUUUCUCUGUACGUGUCGUCAUUGGGUUAGCAUGGCAAUUCAUGUCCCCUUUCAUUGUUAAUGUGUACUUUUCAGAGGAGUUGGUGUAUAAUGGCAGCACAGCAUUUGUUUAUGGAAGUAUUUCCUGUCAUUAUCAGGUAUGUCAUGUGUUUUUGUUUGUUAAGAUAUUCUGACGAUAUUUUACUGACUGUGAGCUGUUCGCUAGUGCACAUAAUGUCACUGUAUAUAACGCUUGGCUGUCAUUUCUAUUUCAUAAUGUAAAUUGCAUUUGUAUUACAUUGUUAUGUCAUUCUUGAGAUGAUUGUUAUAUGGGCCCUGUCUACUGUACUCAUGUGGAAGAGAAGAGUUGGUGUAAAAGGGCAGCACAGCAUUUGUUUAUGGAAGUUUUUCCUGUCAUCAUCAGAGAAUAAAAGAUUAACACCAACCCUGAUCCUUUGGUCAUAUGUAAGCUGAUCAAAACACAAAGCAGAGACAAUCUACACUGGUCACAUCUACAAAAUGUGGCACUCACAUCCUCCCCUGAACUGAACAAAGCUAGCUAGCUAACAAAAACAACAUGUUACCUGACAAAUGGACACUAUUGCACCUCAAACUAUUUUCUAUGUUGAAAAAAUGUAACAUGCCGUUUGGAACGUCAACUAUAAUGAAAGUUACCACAAGACAGAGGCAGCAUACAGACAACCACCAUGACACCAUCUCCCUCACUGCCAGCUGUCGGGCAGGAGAACAGUGAGUACCGGACUGUCCCCUUGUCUGAAACGUCAUUACCAAUUCAUAUUUUUUCCCCCUGACUUUUACACAUCUUGGGCAUUUACUUUUGCUUUGAGAACCUAAUGGGCCUUGGGGAUGUGUUUCCCACAACCAUGGGCCUGUUGUGUGCAUGCAGAAUAAAAUAAUGGACAUGGGGCUCUGCUGUGACUUCUACAACUCUGUCACCGAGAGGGAAGGACAGACAUAUGGACUUAAUUUACAAGGUAGGACUAAAUGCAUUUUCCUUUGCAAUUUGCAAGUUAGGCUACUGUUGAUUCAUGAGAAUAGACAACAUCCAUUUGAGUGCAUUUGAUUUCUCAAGCUAGAAUUUUGUUUUGAUAAGACAAUUUUUUAACGUUUUGAAAUGCAUUUUUCAGUCAUUUCGAUUGUUGAUAUG